AUGAAUAAACAGCUCGACGGUCUUACGACCCUCCCAGGAAUGACCCUCGACGGCCCUGAAAAGGUGGGUUUUCGGGUCCCCAGAGUCUGGAAAGAUGAGACCCCUGGCAAGUCUGGGAUGGCAAGUUUGGGACCCCUGAUGGAAGACUCUGCGAUACAACUAGGGAAAUUCGGCUUGCAUGCAGACCCAACGACACGGCUCGAGGAUGCACGCGACAAGGGUCUAGGUCUCCUAGACCCCAUCCUGAAGUACAUACAUUUGCCAUCUGGUGGGUUCUACCCGUAG